AUGGAUGUCCAUUCUUUCGAAAGAGUAAAAGAAAAAUGGGAUGUUAUUUUUAAAGAUCCACUACUUUCAUUAACAAGUCUUCGUGAAAAAGCAAUCAAAGGAAAUGUUUGUUCACAAAGUUUAAGAUCCGUUUGCUGGAAAUUAUAUUUAUCUUAUUUACCUAGUCCAGACAUAUCUACUUGGACUCUAACUCUUCAUAAGGAACGACAGCAUUAUGCAGAUCUUCGUCAAAAAUAUAUUACCAAUCCGAACACAGAGUCUGAUAAUGAUAUUAUGGAUGAUUUAACUGUUAACAAUCCUUUAUCUUUAGACCAAGCUAAUCCUUGGCAAGAAUAUUUUAAAGAUACUGAAUUAAGAAAAAUUAUAAAACAAGAUGUUGAAAGAACAUUCCCUGAUAAUGAAUAUUUUCGUACUCCAGAAACUCAAAGCCGUCUUCUUGAUAUACUUUUUAUUUAUUGUAAAAUGAACACUGAUGUUUCAUAUCGUCAAGGAAUGCAUGAACUCUUAGCUCCUAUUUUAUGGGUAGUUGAUCAUGAAAGUAUAUCUGGUGCAGACGGAUUUGCAAUGGAGAACAGUGAAGACUCGAUCAUUAAACAGACAUUGAAUUCUGAUUAUGUGGAACAUGACAGUUUUGUAUUGUUCUCUGCUCUUAUGAAAGCUGCUAAAUUAUAUUAUGAAUAUAAUGAUGAAAUAUUUAAUCAUAAUGCGAGGUUGAUUAAAGAAGCUCAAAAUGAAGUUGCUAAGCUUACACCUGUUGUGGUUAAAUGUAAUAAAAUAUUUAACGAAUAUCUUAAAACGUUUGAUUUUGAAUUAUACGAACAUUUGUCAAAUUUGGAAAUAGAACCUCAACUUUAUGGAAUACGAUGGAUAAGGCUUCUUUUUGGUCGCGAAUUUCCAUUGAAUAAAGUUCUUAUUUUAUGGGAUGGAAUGUUUGCUGAAGAUCCUACAUUAAGAAUUGUAGACUUUGUCUGUAUAGCUAUGAUAUUACAUAUUCGUGAUGAACUGUUAGAAUCAGAUUUUACAGGAUGUUUGAGUAUGUUGAUGACAUAUCCACCAAUAGAUGAUGUACAAUUAUUAGUGCCUCAAGCAAUUCAUCUUCGUGAUCAUUUAUCACCUGAAGGUGGUGCUUACAUCAUUUCAGAGAAUGCAUUAAGAGUUGGUAAGCCUUUACCAGCACCAUAUCAAGUAUAUGAACAUAGUCGAAGUGAAAGUAUUGUUCCAGAUGGAUUUGUUCAUGUUACUAAAAAUGUUUUGGAAAGCCGUAGUGCUGCUGUUUUGAAUAAAGCUAUUUUAACUGCUGUAGGUGAAGUAAAGAAAAAUGUUUUACGUCGUUCUGAUAUACAACAAAAUUAUGAUGGUAGAAAACAAACACAUUCGGAACUAUCAAAAUUACGUGAACAGAAUCAUAAUUUUAGUAUAGUGGUUAAUCAAAACCGAUUAAAAUAUAUGAGAGAUGUGUUGAAUGGAACUUUAAAAGAUUCCAGUCAAAACUUUGAUGUAAAUUAUAAUCAUAAUGGACCGGAAGAUCAUGAUCAUUGGGAAGUGGUUGAUGAUGGUGUUAGUGUGGUUAGUGUUGCUGGAACUGAAGACGAAACUGCAUUUGUUAGCAAAGAAUCUAAAUUUGUUCCUAGCAGUAGUAAUAGUAGCACUGUUAAUUCAAAUGUUGGCAGUAAAUCAAUGAUUAAUAAUAAUCAUAUUCAAACAAAAAGAUUACCAUCACCACCAUUGCCGCCAUUGCCGCCACCGUUAUCCAAUUCAAUUCAACAAAAACAAUCACCUGCAUCAGUUGUUAUUCCAAAAUCACGACUUAAACUAGAAGAUAUCCUAAAUGAUGUAGAUAAUGAUUCUCCAACCGGAUUCUCAAAAUCUUCCAUUGCAUCAAAUUCCAAAUACAGCUGGAUGAUUGAAGGUUGCAUUGAUGAAGAUGAUAAUUCUUUGUUUAACCCAAAAAGAUCUAUUGACCCGUUAGGGGCAACAACACCUAACUCAUCAAAAGUUGAUGUCCAUGAAACAAGUGAAGCAAUAAACAACGCAAGAAAAUCUAAUUAUACUGCAUCUCCUGCCGCUCCUGUAGAUGAUCCUUUGGGAUUACCAUAA